AUGGCGCGCGAGUCGCACCGAAUAGGUCUGCGAGGUCGCGGUGCUCGGGGAGAAGAUGGGUGCAGCGGGCGUCCGGGCCGCGCCGCGCGGUGGCGUCGCGCGCUUGGGAAGUGCUGCUGGCUCGCGGCGUUCCUCGCGCUCGCGGCCGGGGCUCACGCGGCGCGCGACCUGCGCGACGUCACGGCAAAAAUCAAGGUGUCGACGUCGAUCAACUCGGCGUCCUUCACCAUGGGCCUCCAGGGCAGCAGGAGCACGCGGACGACCAGAUCGCAGAGCCCACGGGGCCACAGAGUGCGCGCGGGCGGCGCCUCGUUCUCCGCUUCGCCGGGCAGUACCUUCGACAUCCGUUCCAUCACGCUGUCGGAGCUCGGAGUGACGGAGGACGCCCACGAUGCGUCCGCGGGCGAUGGCAACAGCUGUGGCAGCCACAACAUGUGCAUGAACCCCACGGCGGCGAUCAGCGCGUUUGCCAAGUGCAGCGCUGGGGCGGAGUCGCUCAUGGACGCAAGCGAGCUGUGCUGCGACAGCCUGCAGGGCCUCUCUCCAGACGACCUCUCGUGCCUCUGCGGCAAGUCGACCUUCUGCCAGGCGCUCAAGCUGGCCGGGCCGCCUCACCAGGUCCUCGCUGCCUGCGAAGUCCCGGUCGUCGGGUUCGCCAUGUACGGCGGGCUGUGCUGA